UUUCAGAUCGGCGUCGUUCUCUGAUUUUCCGAGCAAAGAAUAAAUGGCAGACGAAGCAUUGAUGAAACUUGGCUUAUUUGUUGAUGCUUACAAUAAAAUACGUCUUCUCCAACCAGAUGUUGCGGAUGCCUCUAACGAACUUGUUGAAGAAGUGAAAGAAAUUGUGAAUAAAUUGAACACUUUCAGUGAAGCUACAGAAGCAAUUAUCAAAGCAUUUGAUGGCUUAGCGAUAACCGUGGAAGGUGAGAAAAUUCGCGCGAUGUCAUCUAGAAAUGCUUUGAAAACCACAGACAAACAGCACGUUGCCAAUGAGCAACAAUUGCAAAUUUUGAUCCGAGAAAGGGAAGUGGAGUUGGGAAGGUUGCAUGCUGAAUUGGAAAGUACUCAGAGGCAAGAAUUUGCCCUGAAAGAAUAUUUGCAGAAAUUUUCAUCACCAUAA